AGGGCUUUCUGGAUGCGAGGCAGGGAGGGAGCGCCAGCGACUGUACCUUACGUGAGGAGGGAUGUAGCAGCUGGACCAUUGUGAUGGAUAGAACUCGCAUCCAACACCAAAGAUGGCAAAUACAUCAAAUCAUUGGGGUUUCUUUUUAACGGAAUAACAUCUUCGCAGACCCCCAGGCAACUUAACAGUAGACAUAAGAGUGUUCUUCUAAGCAGUGGCGGCCUGACGUGACAGACAGACAGACAGACAGACUGCCCACGUCUGACCCAGGAUGGGCUCCACAGGAGCAGAGAGGCGCAGGCAUGCCACGCCCGCCCAGACCCCCGAGGGGAACGUCGUGGUGAGCUUCAGCUUUGAGAGCUACCAGCUGGAGGAGGAGGAGUGCCAGGCCAAGGACGCCCCAGACAAAGGCGUCCUGACCCUGACCGAGCCGGUCUUUGAGGAACCUGUACCUGAUGACCGGUAUCAUGGGAUAUACUUUGCCAUGCUGCUUGCUGGAGUGGGAUUCCUGCUGCCUUACAAUAGCUUCAUCACUGAUGUUGACUAUCUACAUCAUAAAUUCCCAGGAAUGUCCAUCGUGUUUGACAUGAGCCUCACCUACAUCCUGGUGGCCCUGGUGGCAGUGGUCCUCAACAAUGCUCUGGUGGAGAUGCUUAGCCUGCACACCCGCAUCACUACAGGCUACCUCUUUGCCUUGGGGCCUUUGAUGUUCGUCGGCAUCUUUGACGUGUGGCUGGAGCGGUUCACCACCAAGCAGGCAUAUGUCAUCAACUUGGUGGCAGUGGGGGUCGUGGCUUUCGGAUGUACAGUCCAGCAGUCCAGUUUCUAUGGUUACAUGGGGAUGCUUCCGAAGAGAUACACACAAGGAGUGAUGACCGGAGAGAGUACAGCAGGCGUGAUAAUAUCGCUGAGCCGCAUCUUCACCAAGCUGCUGAUCAAGAACGAGAGGAAGAACACCAUCAUCUUCUUCCUCAUCUCCAUCGGCAUGGAGCUCAUGUGCUUCGUGCUCCAUCUGCUUGUGCGCCGGACGCGUUUCGUACAAUACUACACCAACUGUGUCCGCCAGGGCCUGGCUGAGGUCAAGGGUCAUGGGGACUCUGGCACUGGAUACCGAGUCCACCAUGACGUCGUCACAGAGGAAGAUAAUGGUGCCGUGGGUGGUUCCCCCACUGACGGUGCAAUGGAGCCCGAAUUUGCAGGCAGUGGCACAUACAUGAGAUUUGAUGUUCCCAAGCCAAAAAUAAAGAAGAGCUGGCCCAGCAUAAAAGACAUGAUCCUGCACCGCUACGUGGUCUCCCGGGUGAUCUGGACCUACAUGCUGGCGAUUGCGGUCACCUACUUCAUAACACUGUGCCUGUUCCCGGGGCUGGAGUCGGAGAUCCAUAACGAUAUGCUGGGUGACUGGCUACCCAUUCUGGUCAUGGCCAUCUUUAACAUGUCAGACUUUGUGGGGAAAAUCCUGGCAGCUCUGCCCUAUGAGUGGAAGGGCGGCCGGCUGUUACUGGUCUCCUGCGUGAGGGUGGUCUUCAUCCCGCUCUUCAUCAUGUGCGUGUACCCGGUGCAGAGGCCGACGCUCAGCCACCCUGCCUGGCCCUGCAUCUUCUCCCUCCUCAUGGGCAUCAGCAACGGCUACUUCGGCAGCGUUCCCAUGAUUCAGGCAGCGGGAAAGGUGGCUCCAGAGCAGAGGGAACUCGCAGGUAACACAAUGACUGUGUCCUACAUGACAGGACUGAUGUUGGGUUCGGCAGUCGCAUAUUUUGCCUACAACUUCAGCGCCAAGGGUUCCAGCCCCAACUUAGAAAUGCCUCACAACUUCACUACCUCGGGGUACUGAAUGUGACAGCCAGCCCGCCAGCGCCCUCCAGUGUCGAUGCCAAUGAAGUGCGUACCCCAUGGCUUUCAACAAUUUCACAGCGGCUGCGUAUCCGACGAAAAGCCAGCCAACAUCCAAAAAUGUGAA